AUGACUUCAAAGAUACCCAAAACAGUAGCUUCAAUUCCCCAAAGACAAUUUAGGAUAUUCGCAUUGCCUUUAGCUAGAAUACCUAAACCUUUUUCGGAACCUUUAUCGCCUCCUCCAAUCGUUCAGCCUACCCCUACAUCUGACUCUGCUUCGACCUCGGCGUCAGCGUCGGCGUCGGUUUCAGCUUCAGCUUCAGCUUCAAUCUCAGCAUCGAAAGGAAACGAUGAUCACGAUGUCAGUCAAUCAUCAUCAUCAUCAACAUCAUCAUCAACAUCUGCGAAAACACCUUUAAUGUUAUUCCAUACAUCUCAACCUGAUCCAUUACCUGAAUCGGGUCCACCCAACAUAUUGAAUAGGGGCUUAAACAAAGCGUCUGAAACAUGGUUAAAUCUGGGUAAAAAACCUAAAGAUUCAUGGACUUUUUGGUUUUAUGCCAAAGGCGAAAAAUUAAUGGAUAGAAUAGAAUACGAAGAAUGGUCCUUGAAAGUCAUAAAAGAAAAUGAAGGUGUCAAAAUUGAUAAAGACGGGAAAAUCCAAGGUGAAAAAAUAGAAAUACCCCUCUUACGACCCUCGAUCAAAGGUACAACCCUCCCACCACUCUUACCGAAAUUACAUCGAUUGUUGAUACACAGAAUACCAUAUCACAAGAAGAUGAUGUAUAGGUCUCUGUUCUUCACACCCUUCACAGCUCCAUUCGCUAUCAUCCCAGUCAUACCUAACUUCCCAUUCUUUUACGUUCUAUGGAGAGCGUGGUCACAUUACAAAGCAUGGAGAGGAGCUUUGUAUCUUGAAACAUUAUUGAAACACGGUUUGAUCGUAGAGAAGGAGUCUGAAGAAUUAACUAAAGUAUACUCUUCGAAAUCGUCUACUUCAACUUUAUCUGUCACCGACGGGAAAUCUGGACCAAACGAAAAUCAUGCUCCUGAUGAAACCACUUCAGGUAAUGCAAAUCUCAAAGAUUUGGCAACAGGAUCCACUUCUUCCUCUACUCCCUCUACCUCUGCUACCCGGACAUCGGGAGAAUUACCUAAACAAGCCAAAGGGGAAACUUCAACUUCUAUAGAUGGAACUUCAACUCCUUCUUCUCUAAUUCACAAACCUUCUACAUCCACUUCAUCAUCUUCAUCUUCGUCUUCCGCAUCUAGUGAGAGUGCAACUACUAAAGAUGAAGAAGACUUGACCUCGGAAGAAAAGAAGACCGAACAACCUUAUCCAUCACCCGCACCAGGACCUAUAACUUCAAAAGCUCAACAUCCAUCUCUACUAUUAUCACCGAGUCAAAUACCUCUCUUAGCUAAAACGUUCAAUUUAAGACCUUAUGAAGUUAUGGACAUUACCAGAGCAGUAGAACAAGCUGACUACAGAGCUAGGAAAAGUGAUAAAGCGAAAGCUGAUAAAGAGGCUUCAGACAGACAAGAAAAAGAUAAAAAAGAGGAACAAGAAAAAGGAAAAAGUGAUGGUAGUGAUAAAGGCGAGAAAUCAACUGAAUGGAAAGGUAAUCUGCAUCGAUAA